AUGGGCAUCAACUCCCCUUACCACUCCUCCAUGGAGAAGGAGAUUGCAAAGGCAUGCAAGAUCCUGGAUGCGUUCUUCAACCCCAAGCUGGAUGCAGACAAGGCCGUGCCGUUCGAGCUUCUUCAAAACGCGGCAGGAAUUGCAUUCUUGACGGUGAUCAAAGCAGGGAUGAUCUGGACCGGUAAAGUCGGCACAGGAAUCGUCUUGUCCCGUCUGGAAGACGGCAGCUGGAGCCCGCCUUCGGGAAUUGGUACUGCUGGUGUUGGCUUUGGAGCUGAAAUUGGCGGGGAAAUCAUCGACUUUAUGAUUAUUUUGGGGUCUCCCAGCGCCGUGCAAACGUUCAAGCGAGGCACACAGCUAUCGGUGGGUGCUGGACUGGAAUUGGCGGUCGGUCCCGUCGGUCGUGCAGGUGGUGCAAACGUCAAUGCUGGCGGCAGCGGCCUGAGCAGCAACUACACAUACAGUCACGCAAAGGGUCUCUUCGCCGGCGUCGGCCUGCAUGGUUCGACGAUCAUGGUUCGUGGCGAACUCAACACAGCGUUUUACGGCCGAGAGGUGUCGCCCAUGCAAAUCCUUAGUGGCGCCGUCGCCCCGCCUCCGGGGUCGUGCGACCGCCUAUUCGAAACUCUCCAACGCGCAUGUAUUGGCGAUAGCUCGGGCGGUCGCUCCAGCGAGGCGUUCAACGCCGGCGACUACGGCGCACACCCUCUCACGGGCUACGGCGACUCGCAUCGAACGAGACGAUCAUUCUCUGGGCAGCGCGACUCGACUUCGGCCUCCGGAGGGUUUGGUCACUCGGCGGCGCCUGCACGCCAGAGCUCCUUCAGUGGUACCACAGCGUCGGCGUCGUCGUCGGCAGCCUCCAACGGCCCGGACCCACGCCUUCGUCGAUUUACUGGAUACAAAACGGAGCAGGAAAUUUAUGCGCAGUACGCGAAGCCAGCCCAGGUGCCCGUUGCGGCCCCCACGACGACCACUUCGGCGCCGACUUCGAGCAACACUGCCCCGACGUCCACUUACGCCGGCAUGGCCAGCACCGCCAGUUCAGCACCAACGUACCAACGCACGACGAGCCAGGUCCGAAGCGCUCCGGCGAUCCCACCGCCGGCAGAAGGCUCCGAGACGAAGCAAGUGUUCACGGAUGUGAUCAACUUUAUGACAACCCGCGUGCCGUAUGCCGAUAUCCAGACGUUCAAGGAGAACUGCCGCCGAUUCGGCCAGGACCAGAUGUCUCUCGACGCGUACUUUUUCUAUCUCAACUCGGUGUGUACGACGAGUCUUCUGCGCGAGCUCAUCCCGAAGCUCGUGCGCCUCUUGCCGACCCACGAAAAGCGCACCGGGAUGUGGGACCUGUACGUGAAGCAAGUGUAUUAA